AUGGCGGAAAUAUCUGACACCACCUCAUCGGGCUCUGCCUCCCGAAAGGUCUUCCAACAUCCAGAGCUCAUUGAGAGAAUUAUUCUCCACGUCGAUGAUAACUCUGCCAUCCUCAAGUUGCAGCGACUUUCGAGAGGAUGGAAAGAAGUGAUUGCGAAAUCGGCUAAGAUCCAACGCCAGCUAUUUUUCUUAGCAACCCCUAAACCCCCCAUCCGACAACCAAGAGACAAGAACCUAUUGCUAGCGUCUCGAGCCGACAAUUUCUUCAACACGAUAUUCGAAUGUGGGGUGCUAAUCGAGAUGGACACUGCUUUCAGCACCGUUUCUAUGUUCAAUCGCGCGUUAUGUAUGACACAUCCUAUGAAUGACCGAUGGCUUGCACCGAACGCUUCUUGGAAGAAGAUGCAGAUCGGUCGUCCCCCAAUCAGAAAGAUUCGCUGGCAAGUCAGACAAACCGGAACUCCUAGCAUUCCUCAAGCUCUGCCAGUCGCCCUAGCUCAGUUCGAGUUUCCAAAAGGGUUAACCAUGGGUGGCUUUUACGACUUGGUACUAGGCACGAAGGGUUAUCAUUGCAUCAUAUGGCCUGAACUAUGGAAGGAUGACUACAUUCUACGAACAAGACCUCCUGCGACACUCGCUGAUGCAUUCAGCAUCCAACAGAAGUGGGCAGCAAACCGUAACGACGCCUUGACGGUGAUUCAAACCCUUUAUUGGCCACUUCCAUCUACGGAGCACAAAACACCGCCCCCAGGAUUCUCACGAGAGAGUGUCUGGGACCCUGUGGAUCUCAUAACCUACCAUUCCAAUCUCAAGAAGUUAGAGACCCUAGAGCUAACGGCAAAUGUGGGCACUGGAACCAUGACGUGGGAAUACGCGCAACCUUUGACGGAUACAAAAUCGGCUAUGGAGUUGUUUAUCAAACUUGCACGAGCCCCCGUUGAGAUUGAAGACUCGAUCAAUUAG